CCACCGUGCAUGCAAAAUUAGAGCUCACCUCUCACAGUGACUGCCUAAAAUGUAAGGUUCCAGUCAGGGGUGGACUGACAACUCAUGGGGCCCCUGGGUAAUAGGGGAUCAUGGGGCCCCUGUGUCCUUGCCCAAACUCAAAAAAAGCCUAUGAAAAAGGUACCAGGGGCAUCUCAUGAGGCCCCCUACAGACCCCGGCCCUCGGGCAGUGCCCGAGUUUCUAAAUGGUCAGUCCGCCCCUAACAGACACACACAUACACAGAUGCACACAGACACGCACACACACACAUAGACACAGAUACACACAGACACACACGCACACAGACACACACGCACACAGCCACAUACACACAC